ACCCUCUCCAAACUAAGGGUCUCUCAGCACAUGGCCGGGUUUAGAGCUGUACGAAGACACACAGCUAAUGAAAAAUUGUGGAAUUCUCAGAGCCCGUGAAGCCUAGUCCACGGAUGCGAGGUUUGGACCACUGAGGGAACGCGCAUGCGUGCUAGGCAGAGCAGUCCGAAGGCUUGGGGGUGUAUCAUAGGGUCUCAUCGGAGGUUUGUUGGCCGUAAGACCCCUGGAAUUGGAACUCUAAAAACACAGAAAGGAUAUGAGCUCAGGAGACUUGAACGAAAGAGUUGUCUUAGGAAGAGAGGUCAGAAGACAAGGGUGCUUGGCAAAAGGCUAGUUCUUCGAAUCAGAAUACGGUGGCCAGAAAGCUUCCUCUGACGAAAGAGGGGCGCGGUUCGAAGCCGUACAGUGGCCGGUAAAGCUCAAGAAACAUGGAACGAAAAGGACGCGAAGAAUCGGCAGCGAGAAGCGGACAGGAUGUCCCGAAAGGCUCAUAUAACCGAAAAGGUGACCAGCAAUGGCAGCAUCGGGAGGGACCCGCCAGCGGAGACCCAGCCUCAGAACCCACCGGCCCAGCCGGCACCCAAUGCCUGGCAGGUCAUCAAAGGUGUGCUGUUUAGGAUCUUCAUCAUCUGGGCCAUCAGCAGCUGGUUCCGCCGAGGGCCGGCCCCUCAGGACCAGGCGGGCCCCGGAGGAGCCCCACGCGUCGCCAGCCGCAACCUGUUCCCCAAAGACACUUUAAUGAACCUGCAUGUGUACAUCUCAGAGCACGAGCACUUUACAGACUUCAACGCCACGUCGGCACUCUUCUGGGAACAGCACGAUCUUGUGUAUGGCGACUGGACUAGCGGCGAGAACUCAGACGGCUGCUACGAGCACUUUGCUGAGCUCGAUAUCCCACAGAGCGUCCAGCAGAACGGCUCCAUCUACAUCCACGUUUACUUCACCAAGAGUGGCUUCCACCCAGACCCCCGGCAGAAGGCCCUGUACCGCCGGCUUGCCACAGUCCACAUGUCCCGGAUGAUCAACAAAUACAAGCGCAGACGAUUUCAGAAAACUAAGAACCUGCUGACAGGAGAGACAGAAGCGGACCCAGAAAUGAUCAAGAGAGCUGAGGACUAUGGGCCUGUGGAGGUGAUCUCCCAUUGGCACCCCAACAUCACCAUCAACAUCGUGGACGACCACACGCCGUGGGUGAAGGGCAGUGUGCCCCCUCCCCUGGAUCAAUAUGUGAAGUUUGACGCCGUGAGCGGUGACUACUAUCCCAUCAUCUACUUCAAUGACUACUGGAACCUGCAGAAGGACUACUACCCCAUCAACGAGAGCCUGGCCAGCCUGCCGCUCCGCGUCUCCUUCUGCCCGCUCUCGCUUUGGCGCUGGCAGCUCUAUGCUGCCCAGAGCACCAAGUCGCCCUGGAACUUCCUGGGCGAUGAGUUGUACGAGCAGUCAGAUGAGGAGCAGGACUCGGUGAAGGUGGCCCUGCUGGAGACCAACCCCUACCUGCUGGCGCUCACCAUCAUCGUGUCUAUCGUUCACAGUGUCUUCGAGUUCCUGGCCUUCAAGAAUGAUAUCCAGUUCUGGAACAGCCGGCAGUCCCUGGAGGGCCUGUCCGUGCGCUCCGUCUUCUUCGGCGUUUUUCAGUCAUUCGUGGUCCUCCUCUACAUCCUGGACAACGAGACCAACUUCGUGGUCCAGGUCAGCGUCUUCAUUGGGGUCCUCAUCGACCUCUGGAAGAUCACCAAGGUCAUGGACGUCCGGCUGGACCGAGAGCACAGGGUGGCAGGAAUCUUCCCCCGCCUAUCCUUCAAGGACAAGUCCACGUAUAUCGAGUCCUCGACCAAAGUGUAUGAUGACAUGGCAUUCCGAUACCUGUCCUGGAUCCUCUUCCCGCUCCUGGGCUGCUAUGCCGUCUACAGUCUUCUGUACCUGGAGCACAAGGGCUGGUACUCCUGGGUGCUCAGCAUGCUCUACGGCUUCCUGCUGACCUUCGGCUUCAUCACCAUGACGCCCCAGCUCUUCAUCAACUACAAGCUCAAGUCUGUGGCCCACCUUCCCUGGCGCAUGCUCACCUACAAGGCCCUCAACACAUUCAUCGACGACCUGUUCGCCUUUGUCAUCAAGAUGCCCGUUAUGUACCGGAUCGGCUGCCUGCGGGACGAUGUGGUUUUCUUCAUCUACCUCUACCAACGGUGGAUCUACCGCGUCGACCCCACCCGAGUCAACGAGUUUGGCAUGAGUGGAGAAGACCCCACAGCUGCCGCCCCCGUGGCCGAGGUUCCCACAGCAGCAGGGGCCCUCACGCCCACACCUGCACUCACCACGACCACCGCCACCAGGGAGGAGGCCUCCACGUCCCUGCCCACCAAGCCCACCCAGGGGGCCAGCUCUGCCAGCGAGCCCCAGGAAGCCCCUCCAAAGCCAGCAGAGGACAAGAAAAAGGAUUAGUCGAAACUGGUCCUCACCUACUCCGGCUCCUGGCGACCACUACCCCUGCGUCCCGGCCCCCUCGCCUCCCCUCCCUGUCGCCCUUUCCCUGGACAGAUCAGGCCGGGGCGGUGGGAGGCCCGCCUCAGGUCAGGGCCCAGCGUGUGACGUAGGGGCCGGGGCAGGCCAGGGCUUGUUUGUGGAGGCGCCGUCUGUCCCUCUGUCCCUCUGUGUUUCCAGCCAUCUCGCCCUGCCAGCCCAGCACCACUGGGAAUCAUCGUGAAGCCGAUGCAGCGUUGCCGAGGGGGUGGGUUGGGCGGGGGCGGGGCCGGGCCCCCCUACGGGAUGCCCAUGGCCGUUCAUCAUCUUGUCCCUCGUCCCCCUACCACACUCCCCCUCCCAGACCACCGCCCUUUAACACAGUCUGGAUUUAAUAAAUUCAUAUGGGUGUUUAACUUAAACUCA